AUGGUUAACCUUUUUGGUGCUGAGUACUCAAAACGUGCACAUGCGCGCAUGAAUGUAUGUGUGCAUGCCAGAACUUCCCAAAUGCAAUGCAAGCACCCCCCUGCGCAUGCGGCCUGUGCAUACACAUGCAUCCCUGCGCAUGAGGACCCCCCACGCCUGCAUCUAGCCCCCCGUGCCCUGUUUUGGCUUCCAGGUUGAUGCAGAAGGCUUUUCAGGCCCAAAAUGGGAUAGCCCCCCCCCCCCCGUGCCCUGUUUUGGGCCUGGAAAGCCUCCUGCACCAACCUGCACCGCGCACGCAUGCAUACGCAUCUGGCAUGCACCCAGUCCCCCAUGCAUGUGCAGCAGAGAUCCGAAGACCAGCUGGUUGGCGGGAGGCAUAUGCACAGUGGAACUGGGCUGGGGCGAUGGCUGGUGUGCCUGCAGAGAGGGCUCUCCGUGCCACCUGUGGCACACAUGCCAUAGGUUCACCAUCACGGAUCUAGGAUGUUGGCUAUUCCUGCUAGCUUAGUAUCAUCCGCAAAUUUGAUAAGUUCUAUUCCCUCAUCUACCGCAAGUUAUUCAUGAAGAUAUUAUGAAGAUCUGGGGUAUUGUAGGCAAAAUGCUCUCUUGUGAGUCCCUAGGCAAAAGGACCAUAUUAUGGCUGGCUGGUAAAUAAUACAAUAGCUCUUCUCUCCAGAGAAUGCUGAAGACUGUCCAGCCCUCUGGCACUGAUUCUAAUGAGACUGUCACUCCCAGGUCAGUCCCUACAAUUUCUGCUGACCAGAUUGACCUUCAUAAUGAGAUCAUGUCUUUCCAGAAAUCCCGCUGAUGCCUUCAUUCUGCCAAAGUGGUAUAUAUAGAGGGACGUUUUCUAUAAUCCCACAGUGUGGUUCAGCUAAGACCUCACUAUCAUCAAAGUGACUGCACUGUCUUUUCCCCCACUUCUAAGCUUGCAGCCACAGCAAAAACCAUGGAUAUUACCAUUCAGCAUCCCUGGUUCAAACGAGCUCUUGGACCUUUAAUUCCAAGCCGCUUUUUUGACCAUUUUUUUGGAGAUGGUUUUUUUGAAUAUGAUCUCCUGCCUUUGUUUUCUUCUACCAUCAGCCCAUAUUACAGGCAAUCUUUCUUCCGUACUUUGCUGGACUCAGGUGUUUCUGAGGUGAGAUCUGACCGAGACAAGUUUCUUGUUUUUUUGGAUGUAAAGCAUUUCUCCCCUGAAGAUUUGAGUGUAAAAGUCAUUGAGGACUUUGUGGAAAUUCAUGGCAAACACAAUGAGAGACAGGAUGACCAUGGAUACAUUUCCCGGGAAUUCCAUCGUCGAUACCGUCUUCCUUCCACUGUCGAUCAAUCAGCCAUCACUUGCUCUCUGUCUACUGAUGGCAUGCUAACCUUCUCUGCUCCCAAGGUUCAGUCUGCCACAGAACCCGGCCAUAGCGAGAGACCCAUUCCUGUAUCCCGUGAAGAGAAGCCGACUUCAGCUCAGUCUUCUUAGUUUGAACCUCCUGCUGCUGAAGCAUCCAGGCUAUCCACCCCUUUCAGGCCUCAUUCACAGCACCCUUACAUAGAUAUCAGUGAAUGUCUAGAAGGUUUUCUUUUUGUUUUCAUUCUUCUCUUGGAAGGAAUGAGGGCUGGAUGAGCAGCUAGAGGAUUUGAAGCUUUAGCCUAAACUUUCCCCCAUUUUCACACACCUUGCUAGGAUGACAAGGAAGAUGAAGUAUCUUCCAGAGCCUUCUGUAUUCUUGCUGAAAGGGUUCUAAAUGUCAGGCUGUAUCUGAUAACAUCUGUCAAGCCCAAACACAGGGCCAGGUUGGCAACAUGAGCUGUCAAAGCAUCGAUCAGUCAUAGGAAGGCUGAUGCAACGAAAGCAAGAAUACAGAUUUGUUGUCUUCUAAAGUAAUUGAAGAGGCAGAAGCAGAGGUGAGCUUAGCUGAGUAGGAGGGCGGUGGCGGCAAUGGGGAGUGGUUGACAGUUGCAACAAAUAUGCUCUGCCCACUUUUAAGUAAAAAAAAAUGAAGGAGUUCAUAGUAUUUGGAGGGAUUUAUAAUUUUCUUCAUUAAAAGUGUAUUUUUUUAAAAAAAUCUUUCCCUCUGCAACAUCCAUAGCAGUGACAUCGUAAGAGCCACUAAUGCAAGAAUGAGCAUCUUUGCAGGCCUUUCAGGAUCCAUCACAGUUCAGAAGCUUCAAACCUGUAUUCAGCUGUCCCUGGUCAGCAGUGUAUAUGCCACCUUUCUUAAUCUUGCUGUAAUUCUAAUAUAGUUCCAUCUGUUUUACUGAUAUCUAGCAUGCAACCUGAAAUUCCAGCCAGUGGCAAUCAAUAAAGAAAAUGUGAAAUAAGCAGCUCCUUUUCCUCCAUUCUCUUUUCCAUUCUCCUUAGAAGCUUGCAUUUUAAAAAUAAAGAUGAGACAAAUGCAGUAUACUUCCUCUGCUUACUCCAAGAAUAUUCAUUUAUCUUACUAGGCCAAAGGAGCAAGAUACCAGCAUUUUUUU